AUGUGUUGUUGUUUUUUCCCUUUCACUAAUUACCCGACUUUUCACCGUUGUGCAGGGGCUAUAGGGUGGACAGUUCCGCUGGUUAGUUUUGCUGUUAUAUAUGUGAUACUUUUUAACGUACCUAUUUUUAAACUUUUCUCCCCCUGCUUUCCUCCCUCCGAAGCGCAUAGUGAUUUUUUUUUUAAAUAUCUCUUCUCGUGGUUGAAAAUGCAUGGAAAUUUUGUAUUUACCGGCAAAAGCCGGCCCAACCGGCUCACCCUCUCUAACGAUCGUCAACCCUCAAAAAACGUUAUUUUGAACAAUGCUCGCGCCCAGCGUGAGCAGCGGCAGAAAGAAAAGAGGGAGUGUCAGGCGGCGACGUGCAUCCAGAGAAACACACGAGGGUUAUUGGCACGCAUGGCUCUUGCUGAACUGGCGCGUGCUGCACUAAAGGAAAUUAAAGAGACACAGGAUGCAGCUGCUGAUGGUGGUACCUCUCCCGAAGCGGAUGAACCGUUAGAACGCCUUUGUUGGCUGUACGAGUUUGUUCGUCGUGGAGUAGUUGGUUUGUUGGUUUGUAGCGUACAGUUACGCGAAUGCUCACAAAUUUUAUUGAAUCGGUUGAGUGCUGUUUUGCGUGGUGGUGCCUUGGAGGAGCAACUGUUAGGUUUCCCCCACGCAAUUAUGCUGUUAAUGAAGUUGACACUGGAAGCAUACUUAACACCUUCCUGUGAUGAGGAAGCCGUAGUAGAACGAAGUAGGGAGCAUUUGCAGCCACUAGCAUCACUGUUUGCUGCUGCGAAGAAACUGGGUAACGGAGCCGACAUACUUAUCUGUGCACUUGAUCUUGUCAUUCGACACAAUGCAACUCCCGAUGAGGAAAUUAUUUCUGCACUGUAUGGUUUGUAUGCUACUCUGUCACCCGCUGCAGCUGCGAGUAGCGUGCAAUCUACUGCUAGUCGUACGUUGCUAGCUUACGCCGUAGGCUCGACUUCCAAUGUUUCUUAUUAUCUUUCCCCUACAACGUGUGCGCUGAGUGUUCUGUUAGGCACCGUGCGCAGGGAUUGUUACCCACGGGUGAGUGAGGAAACGAACGCGAUAUUCUUGGAGGCCAUUGUGGACGUUACCCUGAAAAUUUUAGAAUCAACGGCGAGCUCGCCGCCGUUGCAGAUUCUUGGGAAAUUGGUGAGAGUCCUACCGUACUUCCACCACGGUGCUGAUGAAGAUGCACAGAAGCAAGUUUUACGGCGGAAAUGGCUCAUUUGUCUUUCACGCGCGACUCUCCUAUGCAGCUCCGAGGAUGAACUUAUUCGAGAGACGUUAUCAGAUUUUCACCAUUCGCACACCGCCGCGCAUCAGGAACAUGCGGCCCACAAACACCUGUCAACAUACCUAUUUAGUACGGGGUAUGGCCUCCGUUUGCUUGAGGAGGGUCUGCGAACGAGUCUCUCGGCACAUAGCACGGAUUCUUUCUCCGACGUUAACCUUCUGUGUUGCGUGUUUAUUUGGCCUCUCUACAAAUUUGCCACUGCCUCUGCGCGCCAACGACUUGAGGCAACCACCAUCAUUUCAAAGUUUGUUUAUUCUUCAGGCCUUUUGCGGUGUCUGUGGGAUGUGUACCGAAAUUGUCACAGCAGCACCUUCGAAAGCACAGCUGGAAUGAGCGCAGCGGAGCUGUUGGAGUGCGUGGCCACUGGGAAGCUGCUUGACCUUCCUUCACCCGUUGCCCCACCCACAGAACUGCUCAGCAAGUUGUCGCUGCCUCGUUCCACGCACGGCCUGUUUUACGAUCCAUACCCCGCUGUGUCGGUAACACUUUUUUGUCUGAUGAGUUACUUUGUUGACGCAACAGGUUUCUUGGAAGGACUUGAUCGCUGCGCGGUGAUUGAUCGUGCUGACACUCUGAAGCUUAUUUUUGCACUCAAGGGGAUUUUGUAUCAGUCGUUCUUCCACGGUGUGUUGCCGUACAGCAAAUGUGAAGUGGUGGCGCAGGGGGCCCUCACAUUGUUUUUAAAGCUGCAUGUCGUAGGUGAGGCUCAAUCGUUUGUUCCGCACCCGUCGGUUUGGAUAAUUUGCCACGAUCACCUACUUCUAAAGACGUUUAAAAGUAUUGAGUGUGGCACAUGGUCCGCUAUUGUGUCAAAUGAAGAUGAUGAGGAUUGUACCGAGGAUGACAAUGAAGAGCGGGAAGAUGGACAUUGGGCACCAAGUUUGCGUGAAGGGAACCAUGAGUCGUACGUUUCCCUUCCAUGGUGGAACGGGAGUCUUUCGUGGCCACAGGAGGAACGUUGCAUUCAUGUUUUGCAGCGUAUCCCCUUUACCGUUCCAUUCGGAGCACGUGUCACCUUGUUAACAUCCUUUCUCUCUAGCCACGUGGAACGCAGCCGUCCCACCACGUGGGGACACUUUGUGGUGCGUCGCGGUUGCACUUUUGCCGACGCUUUUGACCGCUUUGCUGAUAACCCCGGUAGUAGUGAUAUGUAUUAUGUCCGUUUCCGUGCGGCAAAUGAUUUGAUGGAAGAGGGUUACGGCGACGGCGUCUACCGCGAAUUUCUACUGUCCCUCUGCAAGGAGGGUUUUGCGGCGGAGCAUGGGCUCUUUUGCUUGACGGAUGCUGGAUACGUUUAUCCAAAUCCUUUCAGCUGGGAGGUGACUGGUGAUCGGGAUCAUCUCAAGCGUAUCAAGUUUCUUGGUGCUAUGGUAGGCCGAGGAUUGCGUGAUGGUGUUUUGCAAGAUAUUCCAUUUGCUCUACAUUUCCGUAAUGCUAUUCUGGGGCGCAGCAACUCCAUCAAUAACCUAAGGAGCUUUGAUAGUCAACUUUACCGUCACCUUGUUUCUCUUAUGAGUUUGAGCGAGGAAGAAAUUGAAAACCUUGAGCUCAACUUCACGUACACCGUGGAGGCCCUUGAUCGGGUGCACGAAGUGGAGCUUCUACACGGUGGUCGCAACAUUGCUGUCACUCGCCGCAACUGUUUGAAUUAUAUUCACUUGAUUGCAGACUUCAGACUUAAUCGUGAAACAGCCAAGCAAACACGGGCAUUUCGGAGUGGUCUGGAAAGUAUCGUCCACCGAAGUUGGUUACGACUCUUUGAUAGUAAUGAGGUCAUGAAGUUGUUCGGUGGUGAUGUAGAGUGUAACAUUGAUGUGGAAGAUUGGAAACAGCACACUCAAUACCACGUUCCUGACGACGCCACUAGCAAACCCGUACAAGUGUUCUGGGAGGUAGUGCAGUCUCUGCCGUUGGAACAGCAGAGGAAGCUUCUAAAGUUUUCCACUUCAAUGAACCGCCCUCCGCUGCUUGGUUUCAAAUUUCUCAACCCACCUUUCAAAAUUCAUGUCCUGUGGAAUGAGGCAGAAGAGCGAUUGCCAUCUGCAUCAACGUGUUUCUGCACUCUAAAGCUUCCACCGUACCAGACGUUCGGGGUAGCGCAGCAAAAGAUAACAGCUGCAAUUGAAGAGACGGAUGACUUCGGUCUCAGUUGA